UAAAUCGUCGCUUCUAGUAGGGCAUUAUUACACGGGGGCAGUUCAUGUUUGCUAAAACUGUCCCAAAAGUUCUGAGUAAUAUGUGUAGAGGGUUUUUUUUUAUUUAGUUUUUAAACAAUGUUCGUUGUUCUCUUUGCUUAUUGUGGUGGCUAAAAUGUUUCUUUUCCGGAUUAGUGGACAUUGCUGGUUGAGUCUUUUUUUAUAUAUUUUAAAUCAUGUGAUGUUUCACCAGGCUCUUCUGUCUUACUUGGACAUCACUUACCAUUUGCUUUAUUUGUUGUAUCACAUUAUCAAUCAUUUCAUUUGUAAAGGAUAUUCUGGUCUUAUGUUUGUGGGUCUGCUAUCAUUUUUAAAUUGUUUUUUGUUCCACAUGAAGGGUACCUCAUUCAUAAUUUGUUGUUUAGGAUGGAGAGGACAAUAAAAUGGCAGUAAUUGGGUUAUCCUUUCUUUUACUAUCGCUUUUAGAAUGCUCUUCCUUUGUACAUUCUCGUUACAAUACAUCAUUUCACGCAUACAAAAACAUUGCAAAUCCAUUCAAGCUAACAAACAAACAAACCGUCUAACUGGGUGUGGGAUGGGAUUUCAAAAUUGUGUUUUCUAGGUACCGGGUCAGCUAGAUGCAAAGUUUGUGGGGAAACCAAACCCAAACCCAGCGGAGAAAAAGUAGACCAUUAAACACCGAAGGAUCUCUGACUCUCUGCCUCAUUCUCUCCCCGCGGCUGGAAUGCGCUUUUGCGGUUUAUUUUUGGUAUGGCUGAUUGCAAUCACGUAGCAUUUUGAUAUUGCAUCCCCAAAACACCCUGACACCCAACGAUGCCAUUGAUCGAAAUCGUUGCCUUUAGAUACUUCUCCAGUUGGUAGGAAAUGGGAUGAUACGCCUAGCAGGGUCGUAGAAAUGGUAGUUCCAUACCGAGUCCAGUGUGUCGAUCAAACACGUUCGUACCUUUGCUAUUUUAAGAGAUGUUGGUGAAAUGAACAGACGAUGCACAGAGUCAUGUACAAGACAGUCGUAGUGUGUGUAAGGGAAAUGGUAGAGUAUAUGAAGUUGUAAAUAAGAUUACAGAAUCAGCCAAUCGCUUAUUGUUUGGUUGUAUGCUUUUUUUUAAAUACGUUGUACGAUUUUUUUCGCUACAAAUCUAUAGCACUCCUCAAACAUCAUUGUGCAUUUGUUGGUUCUCUUCUAAUUUGUCGAUAUUUAAAGCUAGUUUAGUGGAAAAAAAACAUUAAACGUCACUAAAAGACAUAUGAUUUGUGGGGUAUGUACGUAAAAUCUUGAUAAAACCUCAGAUUUUAAUUGUGCAAAAUGGUUAAUUUAAUGAAGUAUAACAAAAACGAAGGUAAAACACACACAUACAUUCAAAGAACAACAUUUAUUAUGAUAGAUGUCCUAUAGCUGUUGUUCAGGAAUAUUCUCUUAUAGGAUUCCUUGCCCGAGUCUGAACAGUCGUAGGUUAGCGAAUGAAAUAAAAAAAAACAGCACAGGAUCAAGUAAUAACUACCCUAGACACAUAAAUAUAGCAAAAGCGGGCUCUUUACAGGGUAUAAUAACAAUCGAAACUAAAACUGAAUAAAAACAGCAGCUCGCGCAAAACACAAUACUACAGAUGUUGAAGAUAUGAUGGUGAACCAUAUUUAAUCGAAGGAACGAAAUUGCCUGUUGAAAGUUAAACGAGGCACGCUGCACACUUUGUACUGACUUGGUAGUUCCGUUAAUAGAUUGAUUAAAAUAAUUAUAAAUUAUGUAUUUUAUUCGAAUCGCAUAAAAAAUAUGAUACAAGCAUUAACGUGCCGAUGUCGUAGUAAGAAAUCCGAAGAGAGCUGAAUUAAAUUUAAAACGUCCGAAAGUAGCAAGCUUCGUAACAAGCUUUGUCGCCUGGGAACGGGCGGCGCUAUAAAUAAGCAAGCGUUGGAUCGUGCUAAGCAAACGCCGUAUCACUUCGUCGCGAGUGCUGUUAGCGGUAACACACGGAGUGAGUUUGUGUGGCGUGUUCCGUCCAGUGAAUUGAGGCAAGCUUUUAUCAGCUGUAAUUUCUGUUUAAGAAUACAAUUCAUCACAGUUAUCGUACCAGUGUUUUGAAAAAAGCAAUAUCAAUCGUGUUAAACAGCUCGCAACAGAUGAGUUAAGGCCACUACCCUUCUCUAAUCGUGUGCGUCGAGCUAAGCGUAUCUUGCAAAGGAUGCGUCAUCACAUGUUCGUGUCAAUACCGGUAAACACCGGCCGGCGUCAUGAAGUGUGCAUGACCGGGUGCAUAUAGAUUGAGAGUGAGAACGUAAAGUGUUUAAAUUGGUUCAUUGAGUAAGAACGUAACAUAGCAAAAACGAUAAGUGAAUUGUGCGACUUCAAACAAAGUGAUAAGCAUGUGGUGAUGGGAAUUCCCCAAUGUAAAGCAGACUCCGGCAGACGGAGACGGUUUCAGUUAUUCUGCAGUUGUGUGAACCAACGUGACCUUGACUGCUUCGGAAUUUCCACUCCAUAGCAGUACAGUAGUCUGGUUGACAAUGUUGCGAUUAAAUUGUGAAAUUAUACAAAUGUGGUUGAAUUUGCGGAAGUUUGAUGGUAUGUAGCGUCAAAAGAAGCAAGACAGUGUAACUUGCAGAUGCCCUGCGGAAAGGAUUACUUUUUCGAAACGGCUGUAAUCUAUUAAGCAAUUAACGUAUAAAACCAACAAGAUACUGGAUAUAUGGUCGUCGAUAAGGAAAAUGUAUAAAGUGAUAAGCGGUUGUGGCUGGUGCUUACCAUUAAAGUGAAUCAGUGAAUAAUAAAAACAAACGUGCAAAUAAGCAAUAACAUAGUCCAAUAACAAUAACGAAAGAGAUCCGAUCAUGGGAUUGCCGGUGACGAUACGGGAGAGGAGUGUAGAUAGCCGAACGCUGAUUGAAGUGAAAGGGAAGCAUAUCGUGCUAAGUGAAAUCAAAACACACAUAGAAACCCUCUUGGCCAACUCUACUGUAGAAGAGGUUCGAAUCUUUGCUGGCAUCAUUCUUACCAUCGAUGUGGAUCUUUCUCGUGAUGUUUGGCAUGGGCGAAAUCUGGUGGUUUUGGCGAACGAAAUCAAAGUGUGCACUGCGGUUUGUUGGAAUGUGUCUGGGAAAGAUAACGACCAUACCUACACGUCCAAUGCCGGUACGGAUGGGAACGGUGUUGGCAAACAAGGAGCCGAUGGAUAUCCGGGCGAAAGUGGAGGUAACGUUUUAUUGCAGGCAAACACAAUUCAACACCCCGAACGAUUGACGAUCAUUUCGAACGGUUCAAACGGAAGCAACGGUCAGGAUGGUGGCAAUGGAAAGGCGGGCGCCGACGGUAAAGGUAUCUCUAGGGCAGACUUUAAGGACAAGUUUCCGCCGACUGCCAAGUUUUUGGAGUGGCAGCGUGCUAACCUUGUAGACACCACUGUCAAAAACAUUAAAAACUUAACUCGAAACAUUAAGACACAGUGGUUGGUUACAACAAUUCCCAUAUUUCCCGUCUAUACCACUCACAGAGAAAACGUACUGGAUCACAGGGAUUGGCGUGUCGAUUUCUUUGAUAGUCUUUACAUCGAGGUGGAAACGCACGAUGGCUGCGAGAUAACGUUUUCUUUUCAGCAAGGCACACCGUUUUACAACUGCCAAUCGUUUCUGAUGUUCAAGGGAACAUCUGGCCAGCGUGGACAGGCUGGCGGAGGAUAUGGACUGGGAGGUCAAGGUGGAUUUGCUGGCGAAGUGACAAUCACACGUUUAUACGAUGGUCGUACGUUUGAAAUUAAGACAUGCUGCAACCGGGGCAAUGAUGGAGAAAACGGAAAGGGUGGAUUGUAUGGUGCGCACGGUAAAAAUGGUUGGGACAUGGGUUAUGUAGAUUACUCGGUCGCGGACAAUCCAGUGUUGUAUGGACAAGAUGAAAAGAGCAAACUUCAGCUGUCGUUCUAUGACGAAAAUUCAUCCAGCAGAAUGUAUUGUCCAUAUAAGGCUUACAUUGAAAGCAGCUAUCGAUAUGCUGGAUUCCAGGUAUCAAGAAUCGACCAUCAGUCUAGUAACGCAUUCGAGGAAAGGAACAACACCCAGGCACGUACCGAGAGACAGCAUCAUGCGAAAGUAAUAGGGAAGAAAUCCAUUCCUGGGCUGCGCGUUGCUGCUGCAUUUUCUGAAUACUUGCAAGAAAUUGAACAAGAAAGGCAGCAAUUGGAAAAACAAAGGAUCGAGAGAGAAAAGCAAGAAUUAGAACGGCUGCGAAUUGAGAGAGAAAAACAGGAAUUAAAGAAACAACGGGAAGAACUUGAAAAACAAAAUUUGGAAAAACAACGGAUCGAGAGAGAAAGGAAGCAGGAAUUGGAGAGACAACGGAUUGAAAAAGAAAAGGCACGAUUGGAAAAACAACGGAUUGAGCAAGAAAAGCAGGAAUUGGAGAGGCAACGAAUCGAAAAAGAGAAGCAAGAGCUGGAAAAACAGCGGAUCGCACAAGAAAGGAAAAACAUUUUACAACAACAAAUCGAACAAGAAAAGCAACGUUUAGCACGACAGCAGAUUGAAAAAGAAAAGCAACAAGAAUUGGCUGAACAGGUGAAAGAAUAUUUGAAUUGUGAUGCAUUGCAGCAAGUUGUUGAAAGCCAAUACACAGAUCAUGAUCGUGUCACAGAUCUGGACAUAAAACGGUUUGUUAAUUUCACACAAGAUACUUCUGAUCAGGAUCGAAACGAGUUUGUUAAACUUGGUGAAAUGUAUAAAGAUCCUGGUCGAGAGGAAAUAUUCAGCAAAUUGAACAAUAACUUGAAUCUAGACGAUUGGCUACAGCUUCGAACACGUCCUGCUGAUCGCCCUGAGCUGGUGUCUUUGGUGGAACAUUUUGAAACAUUAAAAUCACAGUUCAAACGUUUGCUUGGAAGGGAUUGCAGUGCUAAGAUAACGACUGUUACAGAAACGUUGAAAAUCAAGUAUAAAACAGCAAUUCUAAAAGAAAUUACCCAGGAACUGCCGACCUAUCACACAACAGUGAAUCGUUUCGUAUUGACAGCAAAGACUGUAGGGAGAUAUCUGGAAGAAACGGAUGAAAAGAAUGACACAUUUUAUCAUCCCGAUCUUGGCACUUUGAAGCAAUACAUUUUUGAAAACAAUCCAGCACAACGAGAUAACAUUAACAAAUUCAUGGCAAGAGCAUCAGAAAGUAACGACAAUGCGAUCAAACGUGCCGUAGAAACAUUCAUUAUGGAAACAGAUAGCUCAAAAGAUGAAAAUAAACGUGUGAAACUGUUUUAUGAUGAGUAUCAGGAUUAUUUAGAGAAACAGCAAAGAAAUAUUGAUGCUAUAACGCAAUCAUUAGCAGCAGAACUAAAGAAGUCUAAACAUCAAGAAGCAUUCCGUCUGUGGAAUGACAGCAUUGAUGACGAUGGUUUGCUGGAAGAUCUUGAAGAAUUGAUUAGAAAAGAUAAGGUGUUAAGCUCACUGUAUGAUGAACUGAAGCGUGCGGAAAAUGCUGAAUAUGAUUGGGAAAGGUGUUGUGCCGAUGAAAAAAUACAAGAAAUAUUCCAGAUCAACUUAAAGCAAGAAGGAAUCAUGUGCAAAAGUUACAGAAUAUUACUAGCGUAUUUGUAUGAUGUGAACAUUCGGGUGUAUGCCAAGGAUGAGGACAAUGAAAUCGUUCUGAUAGAAGAUCAUAAUCCAAAAUCCAUUAAAAUUACACACAUUUUACACAAAUCGAAUGAAUUCACCCAACUGAAAAUCAAUGAAAGCUACCGUCAGUUAGAAGAAGAGCGUCUGCACAAGGAUCGAAUUUUCAGACGAAUUCUGACGGAGAUAAACGGAAUGCAGGACAUACAGACCAUUGAGAAUUACUUCGAACGAGAAGUAUUUUAUCGAAACAGUUCUAAUUUCGCUAAAAUGUUUGAAGAUUUAGAAGACGAGAUAACAGUUGAAAAGAUUUCGGCAUAUUUUUCAGCCGAUGAGAAGGACCAAAUUGCUCAUCGUCUGAAGAACAUUUCUCCCAAAUACACCGGCCAACAUGGAUUGUUCGAAAGCAUCUUGCUGCGUUUUUCUUUCGAAGGCAGCCAUGUGUCAUCUAACGAACUGUGUUUCUUGAUCAACUCUAUACUUGCUCACACUGUUGAAGCAAGGCAAGAAAGGUACACCUUUUCAUGGAUUGUUGCAGCAUACAAUCAGUGCAGUUGGACAGAUGAGCUGGUGUUGCUGCAACUGGAGAACUGCUACAAGAGACAGCUGCAGGAAAAACCCAAAUGGCGCAAGUACAUGUCAAACAUCGAAAAUAAGGGAGCUUUGCUAGUGUUUUCUGCUCAGUUUACUCGUAAGCCUUGUCCUGCGCAGUGUGUUGAAGAUAUCUUGCACUUGCUGAGUAACAUUCCAAUAGAAUCGGUUCGUCUAGAUGAACUGGAGCUAACAGAGUGGCCUUAUGUGCUUAAGGAAUGCUAUUGGACACAUAAGUUAAAAGCUCUUAUAACGUGGGGAAAUGACUCGGAAGCCUUAACUUCUGCUUCGUUCUUCGUUCUGUCCAUAGAGAACACGUAUGGAAACAAGUUGAUGGAGAAUUUAUUUGAAUCGUUGGUAGAAAAGCGCAAUGAACUUACGCAUUCUAUGUUAUUAAACGUGCUAUCUUGCUUUCAUAAACAAAAGUGGAAUUUAUGUGUUGAUGAUAUUAACCUUUUAAGUCGAUGUAGUAUCAAGGAAUGGAUUAAACAUAUGGAAGAAAAGUUCAAGAUAAACUUAAAGGAAUUAAAUAUUUCACAGAUAGCAACUAUCAUUAGAGGCAAUGCUAACACAUCAAAUAAUAUAGUGAAACAUUUACCUCAAAUUGAAAAUUCAGUAACAAGCAUUUAUAAUAACAAGAGAACGAUACAUACGAGUUUGAUAUCCUCUUUUUUGCUCAACGACGUAGAUAAAUGGGUUAAAGAGUUCCAUGUUAAGAACCAGAAAACGAAUACAAAAAUGUACGAAGAAAUGCUUGCUGUAAUAGGUAGGGCAAUUGAGCUUAAGAGAGGGUUUAAGUUACGAGACACCCAGCUAUUGACAAUUUUGGCCUUACUAGUCAACGAUAAUAGCACUUUGGCACAAGUAUCUACAGGCGAAGGUAAAUCAUUGAUCGUAGUAGCGACCGCGAUCAUUAAAGCGCUCCUAGGGGAGAAGGUAGACAUUAUCACCAGCUCCUCAGUACUGGCUCAACGAGAUGCUGUCACCAACAAUGAUAUCUACGAAUUGUUUGGUCUUAGUGCCUCCCACAACUGUAGCGAACAGAUAGAGGAGCGAAAGGAAGCUUACUCAUGUAAUCAAAUAAUUUACGGAGAUUUGGCAAACUUUCAACGUGACUAUCUAUUGGACAGAUUUUAUGGAAAACAUGUGUUGGGUGAUCGUAGCUUUGAAAAUGUGAUCGUCGAUGAGGUGGACAGCAUGUUGCUCGAUAAGGGAAACAAUAUGCUAUACCUGUCGCAUGACAUUGCUGGUAUGGAUAAGCUGGAAUCAGUAUAUUUGUUCAUUUGGCAAAUGGUCAACUGUCCAACCGAUCUUCCGGAAGAUGUACAUAUGGAAGCGGUUAAAAGGUCAGUUUUGAGUGACAUGUAUGCAAUCAUCCAGAAAGAGGAUAUCCAAAGUUUGGACAAUGCUUUGGGAAAAUCGAAUGUAUUGGUGCUAUGGGAGAGAUUAGUUAAGUCUGGAAUAAUAAAUGACGCAGGAAGAUUACAAACGAAAGCUAUUGAUUCCAACAAACUAGAAAAAGUACUUACACCAGAUUUCACACAAUACAAAGAUCGUCUAAGCUUCUUACUUACGUCUUGCGUCGAACGCGAAAUGUGCAUUAAAAUACCAAAUUAUCUAAAAGCAUUCGUGGAGAGACACUUGGACAGUUGGAUUUCAAGCGCCAUAACAGCACUGUACAUGGUCCCGGGACAGUACUACGUGGUGGAUGUCGAUAGAUCGGGAACAAGUGCCGACCUUAAUGCAAAUGUAAUUAUUCUCGAUAGGGAUACGGGUACUGAUCAGGUGAGCUCACAGUGGGAUGAGGCGUUGCACCAAUUUUUGCAGCUUAAGCACGGUUGUAAGCUGUCAACCCAAAGCCUGAAAGCAGUUUUCAUUUCCAACGUUACAUAUUUGAAAAUGUAUGAACUGCUUUAUGGUUUAACAGGAACGUUAGGAUCACAGAGAGAAAGACAUCUGCUUGAGGAGAUACAUCAGGUUGACUUUGUUACUGUUCCUACCGCCAAAUCGAAGCAGUUUGAAGAGAAUGAACCUACCAUUUGUUCGAGCAGUGAGGAUUGGAAAAAACAAAUACGACAAGAGGUGAAUAAACUCACAAAAACUGAUAAGAGAUCGGUCCUGAUCAUUUGUGAAACGAUCAGAGAUGUUGAAUCAUUCCAGAUGGUGUUUGAUUCUGAGGAGCACUCAAACGUUCACACUUAUGUACGUGAUUAUGAAACGUUUGAUGUUGCGGAAGGGGAUAGAAAGUUGGAACUGGGACACGUUAUCAUUGCUACCAACUUGGCAGGUCGUGGCACAGAUAUAAAAAUAUCCAACGACCUUCGGAAGGCCGGAGGGUUACACGUGAUACUAACAUACCUUCCGGUGAACAUUCGAAUUGAAGAGCAAGCAUUCGGAAGAGCAGCUAGAAGCGGAGAUGAGGGAUCGGGUCGGAUGAUAAUAAUGGUAGCCGAUGGAAAAAUGCACAAUCGUUCUAUGAUAUUUACACUCAAGCAAAAACGCAAUGUCGAUGAGCUUUUCCGCAUAUCUGCUAUAAAAACUUAUUACGAAACCACUAUUAAAACCGAAGAAAGUUGUUUUGAAGCAUUCAACGAGUUGUAUGAGAAAAAAAUGAAACUUUUAGCUAAUGCUGAAACGCCAGAGCCGGUGAAGGAUAUUCUGCUCCAAAGUUGUUUGGACAGAUGGUCGUUUUGGUUAGACGAAAACAAUGUACAGAUAGGAAAAGCAUCAGAUGAGGCUUCCAAGCGGGAAGUAAAACAGCUGUUGGAGCACUUUCUAUCACAAUUUGAUGAUCUGAAAGCAACGAGCGCAAACUAUUGGCCAGCUUGGGUUGAAGAAAACCCAAUGCAAAUGAUCAAAUUGGGAAAAUAUAUUUCACAACACGAUUCAAAGCAUCGCAAUACAGCAAUGCAACUGUUUGGGAAGGUUAUCUCGAGUGAGCCUUAUUUUUGCGAAGCCGCUUAUUACUAUCGUGCAUACACACGAUCACUUGACAACAUGAAUGUUGGCGACUUCAAAAAGGAUUUGCGUAUGGCAGAAAAGCUCUUAAACGAUCAUAUAAAAUAUGCAAUGCAUGCAUCAGGUAUGGUGUGUAAGCUAAAGAAUAACACACCACCGAUUGAGGGCUAUGAAGAGCAAAAGAAAUGUCUCAUUAAUCUAUACUCAUUGUUCCUUCAAUCCAUAGAAGAUAUGUUGGGUCAUGCUGUAAGUCCUGAAGCGUUUGUUAAUUAUGAAGUAAAGGAGGAUGUUGCUGGAAUAAUAUUUGACGAUCUUGUACGAAUCGGCAUGAUAAAGAAGGCUGAAGUAAUCGAUAACAUACCUAAUGAUCAGAUUCAGAGACUUCACGCCGAGUACGGUAUACCUGCAGAACAGCUGAAGAAGUUCUUAGCUCAACAUAGGGGGCCUAUCGAUGACAAAGAAUUCCUUAAAGCUAUUCGAGAAUCAUUUUCAUUUCCAAGCAGAAGUGAUUUUUGGAAUACACUUAUUAACCAAAAGGCGCUGCACAGUGUUGAAAGGUAUGUUGCGAUCAAUGAAGAACGGCUCAAAAUAAUGGAUCCUGCUCUAAUGAACGUUCUGAAGGAAAAGGUAGACAAAGGACAGCUGGUGAAAGCAGUUGUUAAGCUAGAUAAGCACCAGAUCUUGUUGAUCCACGAACAACAGUCACAGUUUUACUAUAGGAAAGAGAAGCUCAUUGAUAUGAUCGGUAAAACGAAGUAUACCUCUCUUGAAGAAAAUGGUCUACUAUCAUGCAACGAAAAGGCAACCAUAGACCCAUGUAGAAUUACUGAUUGUGUGUUCUCUGCCUUUGAUUCUAUUGCAGUUGAGGAUAUUACAAACAAGACAAGAAUUACAACGAGUGAAGCGAAAAAUAUCAUAGCGGAACUACUUAAGCGUAAUGUUCUACAAAAAAGGGGUGAAACGUUUGUCCUACCAAUGAACUAUGACGACAGCCAGGGUGUCUUGCUUCCCACCUAUCCAGUGUAUGAGAGUGUCGUUAGAAACGUCCUUGCUUCAUGUUUUACCUACAGACUAGCUCUGAGAAACAUUGCACGACAACUAGAAGAGGAGAACUGUUCUGACAUUCGUAUAGAAUUGAAGCCCAAUCCCCAUCAAAUGUUUUUUACCGACUUACUGGAGCAUAAAAUAAUACUCCCUCCUAUGGCCACGCAUGAGAUCGAUGAAAGUAAAAUCAAGGCAAUGUAUAAAACAUCAUGGUCGAAAGGGGCAUGGAUAAGCAUACUUUCUAAGGAUAUUGGUUUGCCUCAAGAAUACACCAAGCCCCUGGUGGAUGUGCUGCUUAAUAACCGUUGGAUUGCUUCAAACCCUUUAAUGGAAUUGUUGUUAUUUUCUCCUUUAAAUAACAUGUCUGAAGAAGGAAAUGAUGCAUUGAAAAGCUUCAGAUUCAGUUCGAAAGAUGACCGAACAAGCGUAGCCUAUUUAAAAUCAUGCAUUGCAUCAAUCAAUCAAAAACAUGGACUUCUUGAAUCCUACGACGUUGGAGUUGCGAUAGAAAAGUGGUUUAACAAUCAAUUGCUGUUAAUUGAAAACGGAACUGCUAAACAUAUUGAGAAUGUCUUAACUAAGUCGAAAUCGUCUCUAGCAGCAUUAAAUGUUCCGCAAGGCGCGCUGAAAUCGAUCAUAUACUUUUAUGGUAAAGGAAACUUUGGAAGCAUCGAUGAGAUGCGAAUCUUUAUCACAAACGGCUUAGAGCAUCUGAUACAACUAGGAGAGAAAAAAUGGACCAUGGCAAUGAUAUUGAAAACCUCACUGGUGUUAGCGGUUGGUGUAGCACAGAUAGCAAUUGGCGCUAUAAUGGAGGUGUAUUCGGUUGGAAUGAUGACUCACGUUGCCGGAGCUUUCAUGGGCGAAGGUGUUAGCGACAUCAUGUUUGCUGUGGGUGCUUUUAAGUCAGGUUACUUCAGCUGGAAAGAUUACGGAAAGCAUAAGUUACAAAGUCUGCUUUUUACGAUCGGUACGGCCGGUGUGGGAAUGUAUCUCUCCCAGGGCGCCAAGAUGUCUCGCAUAGGUUAUAAAGUUGCUGGACCAAGUCUCGAGUACGGUGGCAAACGGGUUGCCGAAUCAUCUGGAAAGCAGUUAAUUAAAGCAGUUGGUGGACGGAUGGUCGUUAAGGAGACAGCGAAGCGUGUGGCGCUCAAAACGGCAGAAGGUGUCGCAUUUGCUGUGGCAAAUAGGGCCGUGGAUACGGUUGUUGAAAAUCAUCUGCAAUCCAUGUUGAACUCCUUAGCAUCGGACAUUUUGUCUGGAGUUAAGGGUGAAGUAGCAAAUCACAAGGUUGCUCACAAUUUGCAGAAAGCGUACGAUCGUUUAGGUGAAAAUGACGCUAGAGCCCUCGUGAACGACUUGACAAAUGCAUACAUGAUGGAACAGAACACGACACAAACCUUCCUUCCCUUCACCAAGCAAAUAAGCCAAAGCGUGAUGCAAGGAAUCGGGAAGGCAAAUAAAAAAACAGGUACCACAAACAGUGCCAUGGUGCUGAUCAACCAAAUCAGUCGAGUAAUGGAUUGUGUGGAUCGUGUUGCACAAAUCUAUAAAAUGCGCAACGCAACACACCAAUUGCUUGAUAGUAUUAACGUCGAAAUGGAGCGGAAACUCGCAAACAUUGAGCAGAACUCAGCUCCAUCGAAAGAAACCCCGGCAAAUGGCAAAGAUUUUGAGCGCUUUCAAAGGGAAGUGGUUGAGCAAUGGGAAACGACGUUAAGUAAGCACGUUGGGCAACUGAUCGCACAACAUGUUGUGCUGCCAGUGCUGAAAAUGGGCGUAAAUAGUGUCCUUUUACAUGUAGGUACAGCAUUGAAGGACAUUAGACGCAGCAUGGUAGAGUCGGAAUUGAGCAGAGAUGUUCACCGGCUGAAGGACGAACACGAACAGAAGAUGAAUCGGCCCGAUAUGACAGCAGAAACAAAGCGUCAGCUGACAGAGGAAUAUCAUGGUCAAUUGCUGAAGAUUAUGCACAAGACUCGUAGUCCGUCUCUGUUUGCCACCAUCAUCCGGGAAAACGUUCCAAUGGAUUUGACUUGUGUCGGGGCCUGUACUCCAAUGAUACAUAAAAUGCUGCAGGCACAACAUGGUGCACUUUCGGGCCUCACAAUCACUGUCCACGGGGAAAAGGGUAUAAAACAAUCGUUCAGUUCUGGAACGGGUGGUCCCGAGAUUCACCUAGAUCUGAAGGGCAAUCAUUUCACUUUCGGAGCUGGAGAGUCAACUGUUGCCACGACAGGUAAUAAUUGUCUGUACGGAGCACUAGCCACAGCUAUACCGGAUCUGCAAGCUGUAGGAGAGGAUUCGUUCAGGUCCAUGUUGUGUGAUUCCAUCCAGCAUGAUGACAGCAUGCACCAUCACAUUCGACAGGGUUGGCAUAGUGUGCCGUUAAAGCAUGGUGCGGUUGGCGGAGCCCACAAGUCCCCUGCCAACACGACCAAUAAAGGAGAUGGUACAUUCAAAGCACCGACGGUGAUCUUGUCGAAUGAUAGACCGAAAGGAAAACCUAAAGCACGUUGCUUAAGCAAAACGCCGUACGUAGAUGAUGAAUCAUCCACAACCAAUGAGCUGCAAGGCGAAUCAAGUCAACCCGUCACGAACGAUUCCAGAACUCCCGAGUAUCAUCUGGAUUCGCGUGUAGCUCACCAUACGGGUCGUUUUGCAGGGGAGUUGAAAAAAAUCGCUGAAAUAACGAACAUUCCUGUAGAUGAAUUGAUCAAAGCGGGGCGCAGUAUGUUCAAGGCGAGCAGAAACUGCUCUGGACAGGAUCAGCAGCAGGCACAUGUGGUGCGGGUUUCCAUCCUGGAGGAAAGGCUAAAAACCGACUUUCCAGAUUUAUACCAAAGGCUCACACGCCACGCCGGUCACACACAGCUAGUUGAUAAGUUUGUGAACGUGUUUCAUAAAAUAGGUGGAGAUAUCGAUAGGAAUCAGGCCGACUGGAUACUUGAUCUUGCAACUGUAGAUUUCACGAAAGGAUUAAACGAUCAUUCGAGAGAAGUGUUUGAGAAAUAUAAGAGCUCUGUUUUGAGAGUGUUUGAUAACAACAUCAACUCAAACAAGUACAGUAAAGAGCAGGUGUUGGUUAUAAAAAAUGCAAGAAAAAUAAUGAACAACACAAACAUUCAGGUGUUGUUUGAACGUGCACAGAAAGGAUAUGAUUUUAAAUACGAAUACAAACCAUCAGGACGCGGUAUGGGAAGACCCAAAAUUUAUAGAACAGAAAACGAGGAAUAGGUUUAUUAUUGGUUCCUUAAUUUUCGACAUACUUUGAGGGCAAUGAGGAAUAGUCAUUUAGUUUCAGAAAGGAUGUAAUGGUUUGUAUGAUAUCGAAACGAGUUGUAUCCAUCGUUUAAAAGUACUAUAUUGAGUUACUUAUGCGCUAUGAUUGUAAUGUCAUUGUUUUAGAAUCAAACUUUUUAAAAAAAGGCUUAAAUUGUCACUAGUAUCAUAUUGCAUUCCAACGACAAGAUUUAGGCUUAUGUAUGUUCUGUACUGUUUAGGAUUUUAUUCUUUGUUGCGGACGCGUCAGAGAGAGAGAGAUAAUUACAAUUAAGCUAUAGCUUGUACCUUCAAACACUCAAAUGAAUAUUAUUCAACAUUCUUCAUUUGAUAAGGGAUUCCUCAACACCCUGAAUGUAAUUGGAACAUCUUAAUCAAUGUACACAAUAAACUGAACCGACCGCAAUCGAGUCUAAUCUACUCUGCGCUCUAAAUGAAUUAAAUCUUCUAUUGGAGUUUAUACCUGAAGGAGGUUGCCUUGGAGUGGAUUGGUGUUAUAUUCAUAAACUGUCCAAUAACUACUACAGUGGAUUUCUGGCAGACAGUUUUUUACUUGUACUCUAGUUGUACUUUACUUGUAUUUAAAUGCGGAUCCAACGCGUGGAUGCAUAUGAAUUGGUUUUAUUCAUUGACUUUGCAAAAAAGGCCGAAAUCAAAGAGUUGCAUGCGGCUUGCGAGCCGUACUUCUCCGAUCGCUGGUCUACGCUGAUCAACACUGAUGUCUGGGUUUAGAGAAGUUAAAAAACAAAUUACACAACUUGUUGACAAAGCUUUUGUGCUUUAUUCUAAUGGCUAACGAUCAGUUUCGGAAAGAAAUGCCUAAAAAAAGCAAUUAUUUGAGUGUGAAAAGGUUAUAAGUUCUAUGAUUACCAUUCAGAAGGUAAGAGAGUAGCUGAAUAAUAGGAUAGUUAGUUAGGAUUAGUUUUAGCAUCGUAUUUAAAGUUUCUUUUCAAAUUUAACACUUAAUCAUGUUUCCGGAGCAAGUUAUUCGAUAAUCAGUUUUGUUUAUUGAUGUUUUUUUUUAUAUCAACGCCAUUACACUACACAAAUCUUAUGCUAUUAUUUGUUAAUUAACAUAGAGGUAAUAAAUUUAGAUCUUUAAAAUCAU